AUGGGAGCAGCAGAAUCUGCUCACAUUGCCACUACCUUUUUUGACGAUGUCAAAGGUGAAGGCUGCGUUCACAUUGUCUUUGAAAAGAACUGGAGGAUGGCCAGAACUGUCGCUGAUGAAGGCAUCAAACUGAUGCCCGGCGGUCUGUACAGUGAAGCUGCAAAACUCUUCCCCAUGCAUCAGGUUGGCGAUGGCAAGGGGGUAGCUGGGAAGCUUCAUGUUGUGGAGAACCUACUUAAGUCGAGGUUUGCUGAAGCAGACCGGGUGUUCUCAAUGGACACAUACGUAGAUCAUAAGUUGCAGAUGCUUCAGAUGCUUAACGAUGAGCCUUCUUUUAAGUACACUAAAGAAAAUGCAGAAAGUUCUGUUCGCACUGCUCCGUUGAUAAAAGCUAUUGCUGAGACUUAUCCUGAGGUGCUGCAGCGGAGUAAAGUGAAUGCCAUGCUCAAAUCUGAUGAUCAUUUUAAUCCAGUUGUUACUUCCCAAUCAGAAAUGAGCGCAGACAGCAGCGCAAAGCCCAUCCCCGCUGAGUGCCCCAUGAGCCAGGGGAGACUGCCCAAGAGUAACCAAGGUAACCAGUCUGGAGAGCCACAGCCCACCCCAUUUGUGAGCGAGUGCCCAAUGAGCAAGGGGGAAGCAGCGAAGAUGUCGUCGCCUGAUGAAAUCAACAAAGAUAACAUGAUGCCGCCACCAAAUCAGAGACCAGCUCCCGAUCAGCCUUUUCCCCUGUCAACACAUAGAAUAGAAUCCACUAUUCCAAAGGCAGGCACUAAUGAGACAUGGGUCUACCCAUCUCAGCAGAUGUUCUGGAAUGCCAUGCUGAGAAAAGGUUGGAGAUGGAAGGAGGACGACAUGUCCCCGAAGGACAUGGAAAACAUCAUCAACAUUCACAAUGCCAACAAUGAACUUGCCUGGAGGGAGGUUCUGAAAUGGGAAGCACUGCAUGCAGAUGAAUGCACGGAACCGAAACUGAAGAGGUUUGCCGGUUUUGCUUCAAAGUAUUCUCCUCGUGCAAGACUUCGAUCAUGGAUGGGUUACGAGCUUCCAUUUGAUCGCCAUGACUGGAUAGUGGACCGUAAUGGCAAAGAAGUCCGCUACGUUAUCGACUACUAUGAUGGCGGUAAAGUCGACAAGAACUACGAGUUUGCCUUGCUGGAUGUCAGACCAGCUCUCGAUUCAUUUGAAGCCUUCUGGGACCGAAUGAAAGUUGCCGUCUGGCGAUGGACAGCAGGUUUAAGUUCUCAGGGCAGUUCGGGACACAACGCAGUUGCCAGAAUGGCUAAUGCUCACGAGCCUCUGAACUUGAAUUUCCAAGCCACCGGCCAGCAGACAGAAAGCCAGAACAAACCAUGUUGUCAAAAGGAUUCUGGAAAUGAUAAAUAG